CUUCUUCUUCCCCAACCUAACUACUUUCAUCAAAUUCAUUUUCAUCUCAUCUUUCAUGGAGUUGGGUUUGAGCGUAGGGGGGGAUAGCAGCAGUAUCCCAACCCUGAAGCCAUUUUCGUUUCUUGAAAUCUCUUCUGCUUCUGCUUAUGAUGAAGAUCAAAAGAAUGGGAGGGGCAAAGAUAAUAAUAUAGGGUUUUGCAUGGGUUCUUUAGGAGAUGGCGGCGGUGAAGAAGAAGAAGAAGAAGAAGCUGAAAGUGGGAGCCCUGUUGAUGAAGAGCCGCCGCUGCAGCUUGCUCUUCUGCCUCUCUCUCCGCCGCCGCUUCCCUGCGCCGCCGCCCAGCCUCGUUUUCCAUGGCUAUCCCACAACUUGGGUUCUGAGCCGGGGUUGUUGUCAAAUUUACUGGCCGGAAAGGGGCGGGGUUCCGGCGGUGGAGCAGCGGAGGCAGCUAGCGGCGCGUCGUCUUUUCCGGCGAGAUGGUGGUCUAGGAAGAGAGAUAUGGAAGGAGAUAUGAUGAGAGAGAGAGGAGGUUCUUCUAACAAUAAUAACUCUGUAGGCAGUGAUGAAAUUGAAGACGAGAUAAUUAAUGGCGGUUUGGGCAGGAAAAAGCUGAGGCUUACCAGACAACAGUCCGCAUUUCUUGAACAAACCUUCAAACAACACUCCACUCUCAAUCCAAAGAACAAGGCUGCGCUGGCAAAGCAGCUCAAUCUUCGUCCACGCCAAGUAGAAGUAUGGUUUCAGAACAGAAGAGCAAGAACAAAGUUGAAGCAAACGGAGGUAGAUUGCGAGUAUUUAAGGAGGUGUUGCGACACACUUCGGGAGGAGAAUAAAAGGUUGCAAAAAGAGCUUCAAGAAUUGAGAGCCUUGAAGAAGUCUACUACUUCACACCUUUUCUACAACCACCUUCCCGCCACCACUCUCAAUAUAUGUCCUUCUUGCACCCGUACCGCCACUACUACACCGUCUGCCGCCACUAAUACCGCUCUGUCUCUACCUAAAUCUGAAUGUUAAUUUUCCGAUGCCAAUCUUCUCAACCUCUUAUUUUUUGGGUGACUAGAAAAAUUUACAGUUAUUAUAUGAUAGUGUGUAUCAAUUUACUGGAUAACCCCACUUAUAUAAAAAUUUACAAAUUACACGAAGUAAAUAGUGCUAGAAAUACCUUAGCUUCUUAGUCAAAUGGUUUUAGUUAAUGUACUUUUAUGUUUUCAUGUAUAUGUAGAUAUCAUGAUUUUGGCUCUUUGUUUAUAAAUUAUAAUUAUAAUUAUCCCA